AUGGAGGAAAAAGAAGGAUUGAAUGGUUCUGCAAUCUCAGUGAAAGGUGAUGAAUCUAUACAGAACGUCAGGGUGGAACCAGGGGUUGAAAACUCUGGCCAAUUCAGUGGAUCAGCCACCGCUCCUCAACCAGCACCACCUGUCAACGCGGUGGUGCUGCCUGAGCAUACUGAGGGGAAGAAGAAGAAGAGGGGAAGGCCAAGGAAGUAUGCGGCAGAUGGUUCAGUGGUAGCAUUGUCACCUAUGCCGAUAUCGGCUUCAAUUCCCUUUACCGGAGAUUUUUCAGCGUGGAAACCGGGAGCAGUUCGGCCAAUCGCCCAUUUCAAGAAGAAGCAUAAGCUGGAAAUGGAAAGUCCAGGAGGAUCAGUGGCAUACUCUGUCGGUGCAAGUUUUACACCCCAUGUGAUUACUGUUAAUGCUGGCGAGGAUAUUACAAUGAAGAUCAUAUCUUUUUCUCAACAAGGGUCUAGAGCCAUUUGCGUUCUGACAGCAAAUGGUGCAAUCUCAAAUGUUACACUGCGUCAACCUAAUUCUUCGGGUGGUACUUUGACCUACGAGGGCUGCUUUGAAAUACUUUCUUUGAUGGGAUCAUUUAUGCUCAGCGAAAAUGGGUUGACAAAAAGCAGAUCUGGUGGAAUGAGUGUCUCUCUGGCAGGACCGGACGGUCGUGUUAUGGGGGGAGGAGUUGCUGGCAUGCUAGUCGCAGCUGGACCUGUUCAGGUUGUGCUAGGGAGCUUUAUCCCGGGUCAUCAGCAAGAGCAAAAGCCCAAGAAACCAAAAUACGAACACACGAUAGCUUUUACUCAAAGUCUUGCUAAUCCUAUUUCUGAAGAAAGAUACGAAGGUGCCUACAAUGGACCGAAGCCAAAUUUGACCUCCUCCACUUCCUUCCAUGGAGACAACUCGGCUUCUAUGAACUCGAUGCACGGCUCAAAGGGCAAGGACCCAGAAAACAAUGCCUCACUCCAAGGAGAAGAUUCUAGAGAGCAUAGCCAUGAAAUUACUUGCUGA